UUUUACAAUUUUCUGCGAGAUAUGAGGAAUAUGUACUGGUCACUCCGACUUUUCCUUGUGGUUAUUACUAUCUCUGUUGCAGAUUGUAAAGGACUCUGUGACAACAGUGACAAUGGAUGCUGCUCAGGUCAAAUAUGGAACGAAACACUAAAAAUGUGUACAGAGUGUACAGUGGGAUACACGGGCAGAUUCUGCGAUAUCAGAUGUCAUUAUCCUUACUAUGGAAUGCUGUGUCAGAUGAAGUGCAGUCCUCCUCACAGUAGGGACCAGUAUGACUUCAAAACAGGAUGUGUUCACACAGAGCCAACAACCAUGUUAAAACUGUCAAGUUUCAUCUGUGGAGGAUUGGAAACAACAGGUGUGUUUUGAUUGGGAUAAGACGUGUCUUAAGACUACCGUACUAUGAAUCUUAGUUUUCAGUGCACUACCCGUAUGUUUGUUCGAGAAUGUUUGAAGUUAAGGUGAUUCCUAAGAAUCGACAAACACUUAAAUUGUCAUUAGAAAAAAAUCCCUCAACAGAUCGCUUCUAUGUUACAUUUUCCCUUUAAAUAUGGUAUCUUCAACGAAAUACUUACUCUCCUCUUGAUUAUCAUAUAAAAGAUGGUUCAGGUCGGCGACAAUAUGUACAUGUACACAACGAUGAUAUGUCUCGAUACAAACCAUCGACAAAAUGACCAACGUACAUCGAGAAUGAACGAGACCUAAUAAAAUAAGUUUGAACAUUUUACAAUUCUAGAUUAUGUGCAAAAAUGUAUGCAUUAUUUCCUUUUUUAUUCCUUUUAUUAUCAUCGUUCGAAUUUCCGAGUAUCAUUACUUUGUUACUCAGAUAUAUGUAUGUACUUUAAAGCUCAUUGUUAAAAUUCAUUCAGCAUUGUAAAUAAUGUAGUGAACGGUAUACAGUUUAGACGGGACUUAUACUACCUCGCUAGUGAGCUAGCUUCUCUAAUUAUAUGAUAGACUAUCUCUCUUGAUCACGCAAGUUAAGCAAUGUCGAGCGUGAACAGUACAUGGACUUGGAUGAGUGAUUGCUGCACUUUACAGUGUAAGAUAAACGGAUGAACGGUAAUUAGUCUGAACUGUGUCAUCGCAUGUAUUUAUGCAGUAAUUAGCUGUUAAAAUCCCAUGGAAACGGAUGUGCUCCUUUGUUAGCUGACCUGUUUUUACGAUCAUAUGAAGCAGAACUUAUUAAAUAACUUCUACGUGAGAGAAAAAAAAUCUUGCUAUGGCCUUCAAUUCGACAUUUAGAUAUCUCGACGAUGUAUUAUCUAUUAACAAUAAUACUUUUCAUUCAUAUGUCGAUUCGAUAUAUCCACAGGAACUCGAAAUAAAAGACACCACAUAGUCGUCCACUCUCAUUCAUACUUAGAUAUUUUAUUGAAAAGAAAAAAAUAUUAAAGACAAACUAUCAACUCAACUUUAUGAUAAUCGGGAUGAUUUCAGUUUAUAUAUCAUCAACUUCCCAUAUUUAUGUAGCAAUAUUUCUUUAUUACCUGCAUAUGGUGUUUAUAUCUCUCAAUUGAUUCG